AUGAGCAAGCCGGGCGACGACAAGGCGCUGGUGGCCGGGGAGGAGGGCGGCGGCGGCGGCGGCGGCGUGUCGCUGGGCAAGGGAGCCUGGGACUGCGACACCAACACAGAGAUCCCGCCGGAGCGGGAGGCCAUUGUGUUUGAGGAGAUUGCGACCAUGGACUUCCCCUUUGAGGGCAUCCCCACGGUGCCGCCUCGCAAGGACAUGGACCACAUGGCCUUCUUCUGCGGCGGGUGCAGGUACCGCGUCACCGCCUACCCCGACUGGACGGUGGAGCGGGUGAAGCGGGCGCUGUUUAAGUGGGAGGACCUCGAGCUGAUCUAUGCGGGGCAACGCAUGGCAGACAGCCAGCAGCUGGCAGACUACCACGUCCCGCCGGGCUGUCAGUGUCUGAUUGCCAUCGAGCGCGCCAAGCUGAUCCUGGGCAAGCCUGACCCAGACUCGGCGUACUGGAACUGA